GAAAUUUACGCUCAUCCCCCACCUAAUCCUCCAUGGACCGCCGAACCGUCACCACCAGGCGCCGCAGCCUGAAGCGGAAGCUGGAAGAGGAUUUCGUUGGAGAAACCCUAGAAAACGAACCCGAUCCUAAAUCUCCCGCCGUCGAUCCCCAAGAUCCGCUUCUUGAGAUCCGCGCCCACAUCAAGGCUCUCGACUCCAGCCUCUCCGCCUCCGACGCUGCCCGCGCCGCCGCCAAGGCCGCCGCCCGAGCCAUCGUCGAGCUCGCCAAGGACGAGGAUAAUCUGAAGGACUUGGUGGAUUGUGGAGCGGUUCCGGCUCUGGUUAAGCAUCUACGGCCGCCGCCGCCGGAGAGAGGCGGAAGCCUGUGUUUGGUUGGGCAGGAGUAUGAGGUCGAGAAAGAAUGUGCUUUCGCGCUUAAUCUCAUCGCCGUUAAGCCGGAGAAUCAACAUCUCAUAGUUGAUGCUGGAGGUCUGUCGCCUCUUAUUGAUCUCUUAAAGUUGCACAAGAGUUGUCGGGGCUCUAAUGGGGCAGUCGAUAGUGUUAUAAGGAGAGCUGCGGAUGCAAUCUGUAACGUUUCUCAUGAGAAUAGCAACAUUAAAAACCUUGUUAGGAUUGAAGGUGGUAUCCCUCCUCUAGUGGAGUUGCUUAAUUUCUUUGACACAAAGGUCCAGAGGGCAGCUGCAGGGGCCCUGAAGAUCUUAGCAUUCAAAAAUGACGAAAACAAAAACCAGAUUGUAGAGUGCAAUGCUUUGCCUAACCUGGUACUUAUGCUGCGGUCUGAGAUUGCAACUAUGACUUUUGAAGCAGUUGGUGUGAUUGGUAAUCUUGUUCACUCUUCCCCAAGCAUUAAGAAACUUGUUCUCCUUGCUGGUGCUUUACAACCUGUUAUUGAUUUACUGGGUUCACCUUGUUUGGAAAGCCAAAGAGAAUCUGCUCUUUUACUUGGUCAGUUUGCUACGGCUGAUUCAGAUUGCAAGGCACACAUUGUUCAAAGGGGUGCAGUACAACCAUUAAUUAAGAUGCUCCAGUCACCUGAUUCACAGGUCAGGGAGAUGUCGGCUUUUGCUAUUGGGAGGUUGGCACAGGACACACAUAACCAAGCUGGCAUUGCUCAUAGUGGUGGUAUACUGCCUCUACUCAAGUUGCUUGAAUCCAAAAAUGAAUCUCUGCAACACAAUGCUGCUUUUGCUCUAUAUGGUCUUGCAGAUAAUGAGGACAACAUUGCAUCUCUCAUUAAAUUCGGAAUUGUUCAGAAAUUUCAAGAUGGAGAAUUCCUUGUUCAACGAACUAAGGAUUGUGUUGAAAAGACAUUGAAAAGAUUAGAGGGGAAGAUUUGUGGACGACAGGUACUGAACAAUUUAUUAUAUCUGAUGCGGGUUGCUGACAAGGGUGUUCAAAGUCGAGUGGCUUUGACUUUUGCUCAUCUUUGUAAGCCUGGAGAUCGUCAAGUCAUUUUCAUUGAACACAAAGGAUUGGAGUUUCUGUUGGAGCUUCUUGAGUCCCAAAGCCUGAAGCAGCAGCAUGAUGCUUCAUUGGCUUUGCAUGAAUUGGCUACAAAAGCCACUCCACUCUCUCAUGUAGAUGCAGUUCCUUUAGCACCAAAGUCGCAGGUGUAUUUGGGUGAGCAAUACAUAAACAAUCCAACGCUUUCUGAUAUAACAUUCUUAGUUGAUGGUAAACAGUUUUACGCACACAGAAUUUGUUUGCUUGCUUCUUCAGAAGCAUUUCGAGCCAUGUUUGAUGGUGGAUACAGGGAAAGAGAUGCCAAGGAUGUAGAGAUUCCAAAUAUUCGAUGGGAGGUGUUUGAACUGAUGAUGAGAUUCAUAUACACGGGAUCAGUUGAUGUUGAUUUGGAUAUUGCUCACGAUCUCCUCAAAGCUGCUGAUCAGUAUCUUCUGGAAGGUCUUAAGCGUCAAUGUGAACAUGCCAUUGCGCAGGAUAUCUGUGUGGGGAACGUGGCUCUCAUGUUUGAGUUAUCAGAGGCAUAUAAUGCCAUGUCGUUGAUGCAAGCAUGCAUUCUGUUUAUACUAGAGCAGUUUGAUAAGUUGAGCAAGAAACCAUGGUAUCAUCCACUAAUGGAACGAAUCAUUCCGGAGAUCCGCAGAUUUUUCACUAAAGCACUUACAAGGCCUAAUCAGGGUAGCUCUUCACAGGAUAAACUUGCCUAGUUUAAGCUGCAGAGUUUUGAUUUUGACUAUCAAGAUGAUUUAGAAAGAUGUAUAGAAAAUUGUAGGUUAAUCAUACAGAAGUGCUAUCUUCUGUUUCGUCUUGGAGUUCAGGACUCUCCAGUGUUACUCGAUGUAAUUUUUUGGGUAAUGCAAUAAUGUUAAUCCUUUUAGUGCCAU